AUGACGGAACUACUACGUAAAGCUGGUAUGGAAUCGCGUACACCUCUAGCCACACCGAUGUCCAAUACAAUGUCUAAAGCUGCAACUGGCUCUACUCCACUUGAUGAUCUAACGCCUUAUCGUCAGCUAGUUGGGUCCCUGAUGUACUUAUUGGUUACACGGCCAGAUUUGUCAUUCCCCAUGAAUCGCCUGUGCCUGUUUAUGCACAGUCCCACUGAAGAUCAUUGGGCAGCACUAAAACGGGUGCUACAGUAUGUUAAAAGUACCCUUACUCACGGGUUACGAUUGGCCGUUUCUCAAUCUCCGAUGGUCUAUGCGUUUUCCGACUCCGACUGGGUAGGCUGCUCGCUGGAUAGAAAGUCGACUGCAAGCUUUGCAAUGUUCCUUGGUUCGAAUUUGAUCCCGUGGGUGUCUUGCAAACAGCGCACGGUCGCACGUUCUUCUACCAAAGCGGAAUAUAAAGCCUUAGCCGAUGUUGCUGUGGAGGUAGUGUGGGUUCAAUUGUUGCUUCGUGAACUUAUGGGCAACAUAUCUGUGCGCCAAUCCGGUGUUUCAUGCGAGGACAAAAACACGUUGAGGUGGACUAUCAUUUCGUUCGGGACAAGGUCUCCAUAG